AUCAAAGAACAAUAUUGAGACAAUAUUUUAUAAAAUUUCUAUCCAAAAAUUUGAAAACCCAGCUGUUGAAAGCUGGUUUUCGGAGACCCCUUAGAAAAAAUAUACCUUGUGGCGGUCAGGAUAACUUAUGAUGCUUUUGCGUGAAAUCAAAAUAGCAAAUAUUUUCUGUUAGUACACGGAGAGAAAAAUCUGAGAAAAAUUACCCUGCUGUUAUAAUCGUGAUGUAAAAGACACCUAAUGCAGUUUUUACCGUGCUGAAUCAGAAAAAUGCGUCUUCACUUUUUAAAUUUUGUGCUGCCGAAAUACAUAGUUUUUAAGCGAGGUAGUAAUUUUUUUCAUAAAAACCUAUAAUUUUUUUAACAUGCAUCAAUAAAAACUGCAUUAGGCGUCUUUUACAUCAGGAUUAGUAACAGCAGGGUAAUUUUUCUCAGAUUUUUCGCUCCGUGUAGAUGAGUAGGGCAGAGCGGGGUCUGUUGAGCCGCGGGGUCUAGUGCUCCACCUAUAGUAUUAUGCACACGGUGUGUGAUAUCUACGGGUGGGUGGUAUAAGACGAAGCAGGGGGUUGAGGGACCCGCGCCACUGUUGCAUUAGUCGCCGGCCGGCAUUUGUUUUGGGUAGGAGCACGUGAUGUUGGAAGUUUAGUGCUAAAAGUAAAAAAACAUCGUGCCACUGAAAUUUGGUUUAAAAACUACGAAUAUUAUCAUACGGUCAUCAAUUGACGAAAGUACACCAUCUGGCACAUCAUUGAACGUAUACCUUCGCGAGCAUGCAAACCUCCGGGGUACUAAAGCUAUGUGCCUCGAGGGUGGCUGCGGAGUAUGCAUUGUGGCCGUGAAUAUUGGCGGCAAUACAAUGGCAGUCAACUCCUGUCUGGUUCCCAUUCUAAUCUGUCAUGGGUGGGAAAUUACGACGAUAGAAGGCGUAGGCAACCGCGGCUCGGGGUACCACCCGGUGCAAGCAAGAUUGGCCCAAUUUAAUGGUUCGCAAUGUGGUUAUUGCUCACCUGGGAUGGUUAUGAAUAUGUACAGCUUGUCGCGGGAAAAAAAACAGCCGACAAUGAAGGAUAUUGAAAACUCGUUUGGAGGUAACAUAUGUAGGUGCACUGGGUACAGACCGAUUCUAGAUGCUUUUAAGUCACUCGCGUCAGACGCUAAUUUGGAAUUAACACAGAAGGUUCGAGACAUUGAGGAGUUGUGUGAAAUAAAGGUUUGUUCAAAAACCGAGCAAAGCUGCAGCGGUUCGUGCGCAACGAUACAAAAGAGCAAAGGCAUCGGGUUUCGGCACAUAAUAUUUGACAAUGCUGAGUUCUACAAAGUUCCUACCGUAGACGGGUUGUUUUCGAUUUUUGAGAAAUAUCCUGACGCAAGCUACGUUCUUCACGGUGGCAAUACAGCUCAUGGAGUAUACAGGAGUAAGAAGUCUCAGCUUUACAUCGAUGUGAAUGAUAUACCUGAUUUGCACCGGGUCGAGUUAACCAAGAUCGGUUUGGCAUUUGGCGCUAACUUAACACUGACGAAAGCCAUGCAGAGUUUUAAGAAAUAUUCAACCUACAAGGGAUUCAAAUAUUUGAAUCUGUUAGCGGAUCAUAUCGAUCUGAUCGCUAGUGUCCCCGUACGCAACAUAGGCACUUUGGCUGGUAACUUGAUGAUAAAACAUCAGCACCAUGAAUUCCCAUCCGAUAUUUUUCUGAUCCUCGAAACCGUUGGUGUUCAACUCCACAUCCUUGAAAAUCCUACAGACAAGCUGAGUGUGAAUCUUAUACAGUUUCUUGAAAUGGAUAUGAGACAUAAACUUAUAUACAGCAUUAUUUUACCGCCCCUCGAAAGCGAGUACGAAUUCAGAUCCUUCAAGAUAAUGCCUAGAGCGCAGAACGCGCAUGCGCACGUUAACGCUGGAUUUCUUUUCAAACUUGACGAAGGUGGGAAGGUUUUAGAAAUGCCAAACAUUAUCAUCGGUGGAAUCAGGAAUGAUUUUCUUCACGCGCGCAAAACAGAAGAAUAUUUGAAGGGUAAAAACUUGUUAACCAACGAUGUCUUCCAGAGGGCGAUCCAAGUUUUGCACAACGAACUCAACCCAGAUCAUAUACUUCCCGAUUAUUCUUCCGAAUUUCGGAAAAUAUUGGCUGAAGGUUUAUUCUACAAAAUAAUCGUUCCCGGGUUUCAGUAUGUUUUAAGCAUAAACCCGAACAAUGUUGACCCAAGACUGCGAAGCGGGGGAAUGAUUUUAGAACGAGGGUUAUCAACGGGCAAGCAGGAUUUUGAUACGGAUAGAAAUAUAUGGCCCCUGAAUAAGCCACUGCCGAAACUUGAGGCCAUAUAUCAAACAUCAGGCGAGGCUCACUAUAUUAACGACAUCAAGACAAUGCCAGACGAAGUACAUUGUGCCUUUGUACUGACUGACGUUGCCAAUGGGUACAUCGAGCACGUCGACACAACGGAGGUUAUGAAAAUGAAAGGUGUUAUUGCCUUUUAUGACGUAUCGGAUGUGCCGGGAAAAAACGUAUUCAUACCAAAAGAAGCAGAGAUAUUUUAUCUGCCCUUCAAUGAACCCUUGUUUGCGGAUAAGGAAGUUCUGUACGCCGGUCAACCGCUUGGGAUGAUAGUUGCAUCGAGUAACGCAAUUGCUAACGAAGCCGUGAACAAAGUAAAAGUAAUUUAUACCGGGUCAUUUGAAAAAAAGGCAAUCGUCUCCAUCGAAGAUGCAAUUGCCUCGAAAGAUGACAGCCGAAUAUCUACUCCGGUCGUUAUACCAGCUGAAAGUAGAGGAACUGACACUAAAUACGUGAUCAAGGGGGAUUUCGUCUGCGGCGGACAAUAUCACUAUACAAUGGAGACUCAGACUUGUGUCUGCUUGCCCGUCGAAGAUGGUAUAGACGUAUACACGUCGACACAAAAUAUUGACCUCAAUCAAAUUGCUAUUGCUACAUGCCUGGGUGUACCGCAAAACAGCAUCAACAUACGCGUAAAGCGAUUAGGCGGUGGCUACGGGGCUAAGAUAUCGCGUGCAGCCCAGGUAGCUUGCGCAUGUGCCCUGGCUUGCCACAAAUUAAACCGACCGGCCAGAUUCGUGAUGACACUCGAGAGUAACAUGAGCUCGAUUGGGAAACGAUCUCCGUCGUAUCACGAGUACGAGGUCGGCGUUGACAUUAACGGGAAGAUACAGUAUCUAAACGUAAAACACUGGUCCAAUUCCGGUGCAAUUUUCAACGAAUCUUCAAGUCCCGUAAUAGCUUAUCACUGUGGUAACUGUUACGACACAAGUACAUGGACCCGCGAGGGAUAUGAGGUCAGAACCGACCUACCUACAAACACCUACUGCCGAGCGCCGGCCUCCACGGAGGGUAUAGCCCUGGCUGAGAAUGUAAUGGAACAUAUUGCUAGGGAGCUUGGUAAAGACCCCAUGGAUAUUCGAAGUGUAAACAUGAACCCGGCCGACAAUUGCAUUAUGAACGAACUUAUCGAGGACUUGAAAGUAACUGCCGACUAUAACAUGAGAAGGAAGGCCGUGGAGAGUUUCAAUCGUGAGAAUCGAUGGAAGAAAAAAGGUAUUGCUAUGGUACCUAUGAAGUACCCGUUCACAUUCUACGGACAAUUUAAUGUCCUGGUGUCUGUUUAUGCUCGUGAUGGAACAGUAGCAAUUACUCACGGGGGUAUCGAAUGUGGUCAAGGAAUCAAUACAAAGGUUGCUCAAACGGCUGCCUAUAUUCUUGGCAUUGAUUUGGAGAUGAUUUCGAUAAAGCCAACCACCAAUCUGACAUCACCUAAUAAUACUGUGACUGGAGGCAGCUGGACCAGCGAUUCCUGUGCAUACGCUACGAUGAUGGCGUGCAAAGAGCUAAUCAAGAGGUUGGAACCAAUUAAAACAGAAUUGCAUGAACCAACGUGGAAAGAUCUGGUGUUCGCGGCUCAUCAGAAGGACGUUGAUUUAUGUGCACGGUACAUGUUCGCCGCAACGAAGGAUGACGUGAAACCUUACGCUAUCUGGGGAUGCGCUGUAGGUGAGGUAGAAGUGGAUUUGCUUACUGGCCAGCACGUCAUAACCAGAGUUGACCUAAUGGUAGACGCAGGCAUCAGCAUGAGUCCGGAGGUGGAUAUUGGACAAGCUGAAGGCGCUUUUAUCAUGGGUCUUGGAUAUUGGACCAGUGAGGAUUUAAUAUACGACCCAGAGACAGGAGUUCUGACGAACAAUAGAACUUGGAAUUACAAACCACCCGGAGCCAAGGAUAUACCUAUUGAUUUUCGCAUCUCACUUCGCAGAAAUGCUCCGAAUCCACUUGGAGUUCUGAGGGCUAAAGCUACCGGUGAGCCGUCAUUGUGUACGAGCUGCGUAAUUAUGUUUGCGAUUCGUAACGCCAUAAACGCUGCCAGGGCUGAUGCUGGAAAUACUGAGAAGUGGUACGAUCUACCUGCUCCGAUAACAACCGAACGGAUCCUGUUAAGCAGUUUGACCAACAAAGAGCAGAUGAUUAUUUAACGUUUAAAAUUUAAAUUAAAGACGGAACAAUGAUUAUAGAACCUUAGGAAACAAAAGCAUUCAGUACCGCACACAUUAUCAUUACCCACGGUUUCAGUAUUUUAUCCGAGGAAGCUCAAUCGUGAAUCUACAAGCAAUUAGCUAUACUGUUAAAUUUAGUAUAACAGCAUAAAUCCACAUAUCAUGCCUAGUAUCUGUUUCAUUAUUAUUUUCCCAAAGACAAAGUUAACACAGUAGAAUUACAUUAUCUCAUUGUUUUGUUUUUAUGCGCAAUAAUGUAGACUACCAAGUUGAUAUAAACUGUACAAGUAAUGUAUAAAAAUAUACUCAACUUACUUAUUUAUA